AUGAAGCACAAGCUUCGCGGGAAGACGAUAGAGGUGGCACUCCAGAUCGAUCCAGACGACCCAUUUAUCGCUGCUCAAGUGAGCGUAUGCGUUCCAGUACCAGCUGGCGCGUCAACAGAGCGUAUUCGUCAAGGCUUUUGUUAUCACUCGUCUUUGUUACGUCUUCCAAAAACGGAGCCACAAGAAUACCGCACAAGACAACCAGGACAAAAAAGAGUGCUGAUGCCGCUAUAUCAGGCUGUGGUCCGCAUUGGACUCUCGAUCAUGGAGAGCUGCGCUCUGUCUCAGUGCGCACCGUGCAGGUUGCAUAUGGGGUGGCUGCGACGCUCCAGCCCGACGAAAACGUAA